AUGUAUUCGGAACUAGUAUUUACUAUGGCCGAAACAGUAAGAACAACCUUCUUUCACCGUGGGUGGACAAACUUCUUUGGACAGUUUAAUGCUGCCUCCAUCGAUAUGAGAUUCAAUUUCUUUGAAGAACAACAUACUUCCCCUUCACACCAUGCAGUUCUCGCCUUUAUUGUAGCGGUUAUUAUCAACCUCCAACAAUUGAAGUACCAAGGAAAGGACGAAACUCCAUUUGAAACCCAUCCCAAAACCAUGGGAGUUGCCCUUACUAGUUUGCUCCUAUAUUUCAUUUUAUCUAAAUCAAAGCUGAGAUUUGUCUCUCCAACUUGUGCCAAUAUUCUUUGCUAUGGUAUGGAGUUGUUUGGGUUUUUGUCAUUGACAUCUCUAGCAUCAACUCUAUUCCCAGACUCUGUCAUGCCGGUUCUCUAUGUAGCAUUUAUUUUGCUUUCAGCAGGUGAAUUGCUACAAUGGUUUUGUUGGACAGUGAUGGGGGAACUUGGAGAAUCAGGCUUUCAUGGUAGACCCAUUGCACGCCAUUUCAUUGAUUCACAGAGACGUGGGGCACAUGCCUUUCCAAUGAUGGGGGAACUUGGAGAAUCAUACCUUCCAGUUAGGCUCUUGGUUCGUCGCUUGAUUGAUUCACAGAGGAAUAGAGCACAUGCUUUUACAAGCGAGAGGAACAUACUUCCGGUGUAA